AUGGCGGAGGCUCUUGGAGCUCUGUUGGAGGCAAGCUUGGAUCCACGCCGGAACAAGGAAGCCGAGCUUGCCCUGCGACAGGAAGAACAAAAACCGGGCUUUUCGCUACAACUCCUCCAAAUCUCUGCGUCCGAUUCAUCUCCCAGCAACAUUCGCCUUGCUAGUGCCCUCUGCUUCAAGAACUUUGUCAAGCGCAAUUGGACCAACGAAGAUGGAAACUGGAAGCUGCCUCAAAAUGAGGUUGAAACCAUCAAGCGCGAGCUGAUCAACUUGAUGAUCUCGGUCCCUCCCUCGAUCCAAACUCAGCUGGGCGAGGCUGUUAGCGUGAUCGCCGACAGUGAUUUCUGGGAGCGAUGGGAUACUCUUGUUGACGACCUCGUUUCGAAGCUGUCGCCGUCCAACCCUACGGUCAACAUUGGUGUUUUGCAGGUUGCGCACUCAAUCUUCAAGCGCUGGCGCCCGCUUUUCCAAUCCAAUGAACUCUACAUGGAAAUUAAUCAUGUCCUGGAGAAGUUCGGAACUCCGUUCCUGGCCCUGUUCGAGGGCCUCGACACUUACCUCGAACAAAACAAGACCAACAAGGAAAACUUGACCCAGGGUUACAACCAGCUGAACUUGAUGAUCAAGUUGUUCUACGACCUCUCGUGUCACGACCUUCCUCCUAUGUUCGAAGAUAACAUCGGCGCGAUUGCACAGAUCCUUCUCAAAUACCUGACAUAUGACAACCAACUACUCCACACCGAUGAUGAGACCGAUGCUGGCCCGUUGGAGUAUGUCCGUGCCGGAAUUUUUGAGGCUCUGACUCUGUACGUCCAGAAGUUCCUUGAUGCAUUUGGACCUCAUGUCGGACAGUUCAUCCAGAGCUCCUGGAGUUUCUUGACCACCAUCGGCCAAGAGACCAAGUAUGACAUUCUUGUCAGCCGUGCCCUUCACUUCUUGACCUCGGUCGCUAGCAUGCCCGAGCAUGCCCCCUCUUUCCAGGCCGAGGAGACGCUUGGACAGAUUAUUGAGAAGGUCAUUCUGCCCAACGUGAGCCUGCGUGAGUCGGAUGAGGAGCUGUUCGAAGACGAGCCGAUUGAGUUCAUUCGCCGGGAUCUGGAGGGAUCCGACAGCGAGACCAGGCGGCGCGCUGCAACAGACUUCCUUCGACGACUGGCUGAGAAGUUUGAGGCAUCCGUGACCAAGGUGACUCUCAAGUAUACCGAGCACUACCUUGGCGAGUAUGCCAAGGAUCCUGCGUCAAACUGGAAGUCCAAGGACACAGCGACCUACUUGUUCUCUGCGAUUGCCGCCAAGGGUGUUGCGACCUCUACACACGGUGUCACUGCUACGAACAACCUGGUCAGCAUCACCGACUUCUUCCAGCGGCACCUUGCCGCAGAUCUCAUCUCCGAUGACGGAGUGCACCCAAUUCUCAAGGUUGAUGCUAUCAAGUACUUGUACAACUUCCGCAGCAUCAUCACCAAGGAACAAUGGCAGCAGGUGCUUCCCGUGUUGGUAAAGCACCUGGCUUCCGCAAACUAUGUUGUCUACACAUAUGCUGCGAUUGCCGUGGAGCGCGCUCUCUUCCUCAGCGACGCCCAGGGACAGCCCGUCAUUCCUCCCACCGAGAUUACUCCGCUGUCCAAGGAACUUUUGGAACACAUCUUCCAGUUGAUCCAACGGGAUCCCGCUCCUGAGAAGGUGCAGGAGAACGAGUUCCUGAUGCGCUGUGUCAUGCGUGUGCUGGUCGUCAUCCGUGAGGGUGUCGUGCCUUUCACAGAUGUCGUGCUGAACCGCCUGAUCGGCAUCACGGAUAUCAUUCGCACCAACCCUAGUAAUCCGAAGUUCUAUUACUACCACUUUGAAGCCAUGGGUGCUUUCAUCCGAUUUGCCGCCCCGGCCAAUCCCGACAAGCUCGAGCAGGCCCUAUAUACGCCAUUUGCCGGUAUUCUCCAGAACGACGUGCAAGAAUUCAUGCCCUAUGUGUUCCAGCUCUUCGCGGCUCUUCUUGAGGCCAACCCCUCUGCAACUCUGCCUACCUACUACCAGGAAUUGAUUGCGCCAAUCUUGAUGCCAGUCAUGUGGGAGUCGCGAGGCAACAUCCCUGCCCUCGUUCGGCUGCUUUCCUCCAUUAUCCCCCGUGGAUCGCAGUACAUCCUCGAGCACAGCCAGGUUGAGCCUAUUCUGGGUAUCUUCCAGAAGCUUUUGUCAACCAAGACCAACGAGGGCUAUGGCUUCGAUCUCCUGGAGUCUGUGGUUGCAAACUUCGCACCUGCCGCACUGGAGCCGUAUUUCAUCCAGAUCAUGCAGAUUAUUCUUCAGCGUCUGCAAAACUCCAAGACCGAGAACUUGUCCCUUCGAUUCGUCCGGUUCUAUCACUUCCUGACUGCUCAUGACGACAAGGGAUACAGUCCGGACACCAUCCAGCAGAUCUGUGAAAAGAUCCAGCCAGAUCUUUUCAAGGGCGUUUACCUCGGCCUUGUGCUCGCCGAUACUCAGAAGCUGGCACGCCCUCUGGAUCGCAAGACUGCAGUUAUCUCACUGACCAAGACUCUUGCCAACUCGGAGGCAUUUGCCACCAAGUAUGUUGUCCACAAGGAUGACCUCAUUGAGUUCGACGCCGAAGAGAUGUCCUUCGGCGUUGGAUUCACGGCGUUGAACACCAUCCGUAUGCAGCCCAAGGACCCCUGGCCUGAGACGGGUCUUGAUCUCAAGGCCUGGGUUGGCUCUUACCUGAAGGAGGCGGACAAGAAGAAUGGCGGCCGAGUUUCACAGUUCGCCCAGGAGCGUCUUGAUGACCAGGCCAAGUCGGUCCUUGGGAGCUAUAUUUCCUAA